AUGACAUCAUCUGCCCAUGCCAUUCUUCCCCAUCUCUGCUCUGGCACCCUCAACCUUAUUUGGGUUUCUAUCUACAUUCUACAGUCGCAGGUUACUGUGACCCUGAGCAACCGUUGUGUGGCCAUGGCCGCACAGCCAGAAAGCCGUCAGGGCUUCGAAGUAGCAAUCAUUUGCGCCCUCCCCAUCGAAGGCACGGCAAUCGAUGCACUCUUCGAGACUGAGUGGGAUGGAUAUGGAAAGCAGAUCGGAGAUCCCAACGCCUAUACUACGGGCUAG